GGCGGGGCGGGAACGGCGGCGGCGGCCGGGGGAGGCGCGGGGCUCUCGGCCUCGCAGCGCCGCGCCGAGCUGCGGCGGAGGAAGCUGCUGAUGAACUCGGAGGAGCGGCUCAACCGCAUCAUGGGCUUCCACCGGGCGGCGGYGGGCAAGGAUGAAGAAAGUCACCCAGAAUCGAAGCUUCAGCACGAACAAGAUAAAUCCAACUCCCAUCCUGUUCCUUCAGUGUCCAAGCGAAUUGUGCUCGGCGAUUCUGUCUGCAGCUUAUCGGGAACGGCCGACCACUCAAGCAGCAUCACAGACCUCCAAGGGGAGAAGAAGGACUUGUUCAGUAAGAGUGCAGAGCUCUCCUCCCUCAGCGAGGGCCCGGGCGAGCUCCGCCACCGUAACAGAGGGGAACUGUCAUCAGAAGCUGCGCCCCGGCCUCCUAGACAUGGAUUAGAGCAAUAUUUAUCCAGAUUCGAUGAAGCUCUGAAGCUGAGGAACCAGCUAAUGAGUGAGAAGCCGAGCCAAGAGAACGGGAAUGCAGUGGAGGARUUUGAUUCUUUCCGCAUUUUUAGAUUAGUGGGAUGCGCUCUGCUUGCCAUUGCAGUCAGGGCUUUUGUGUGCAAGUACUUGUCAAUAUUUGCACCAUUUCUUACUCUACAACUUGCCUACAUGGGACUGUCCAAGUACUUUCCAAAGUGUGAAAAGAAGGUGAAAACGACAGUACUAACUGCUGCUCUCUUGCUGUCUGGAAUCCCUGCGGAAGUGAUUAGUCGUUCCAUGGACACCUACAGCAAAAUGGGAGAUGUUUUCACAGACCUUUGUGUCUAUUUCUUUACUUUUAUCUUCUGCCAUGAACUUUCUCUGUUUUUUGGUUCGGAAGCACCCUGAUGACUGUAGAACUCAAUGCAGUAGUUACAAAAAAAGCUUUCCAAUCUGUAAUCCUUUAAUGUCUGUCUGUCCAACAGGUUUCAAUCUUAAAUUAAAAUUCUUGUCUGUUUGAACGCUUAAAAGGAGCCUUAAAUCCAGUCAUUUGGGAAAAGAUUGAACAGGAAUCCAGGUUGCCAGUUUUAUUAMUACAAUUUAUUUAUAUACCUGCCUAUUACAAAUAUGAAGAAUAGGAUGCAAGUGUCAGUUGACGGUUUCUUUUGUUUAAUUAGAUGAUGCCCUUAUCAGUCUCUUUUAUCAAGAGCUAUAAAAUUAUCUGUGUUUUUUGAGGUGAGAACAAAAAAAGGGAUUCACUUUCAGCAGAACCGUAUGUAUAUCUGUUACAAUUGUAGCCAGCAGAACURUUCGUUUUGUUAUUCCUUUUUUUUUUUAACAAAAGCUUGAAGUAAAAGAAAUCGCUGUAUUCUGUUGCUCCAGUUCAGAACACUGAACCAAGCAGCUGCUUCUAGAGAAUGCUGGUGAAACGCACCACUCUCUUCUAAGCCUUGCCUUGCUAUAAAUUAUUUGUUGUGAUUGUGAUUAAUUUCAUUUGAUGAUUCUUGUGCAAAACAGCUAAGCAAAAAAAUCCUUUGGUCUACAUCAAUCAAAAGUAGGAAGAAGCAAAAUUGUUCAUCUCAUCUGUUUGUUUCUGGCAGCCUUUUACUACCAGUGUAGCUCAUACCUGUGCUUUCAUUCUGACUUCACCCUGUUUUUUUCUUUCCUUUUAGCAGUGGUUUAGCUUCAAGCAAGAUGUAUGUAUAUUGGCAACCAACCUGGGCUGGUAAACAUGAUAAAUGAUAAAACAUGAAAAAUGAUUUAAAAAAAAAUUGCUCCAGCUUUGUAAAAAUUCCAGGGGAACUAUUUUGUUUUCCCUAGCUCCUUGCAGGAUUGCACUAGGCAACCCUGAAUGCCACAUUCAUCUCUGUUUUUUUUUCCUCUGUUAAUGGCCAGAUGUUUGCAUGUAAACAGGAUCCCAGCUCCGGGGAAUUCUGCUCCUGCUGCUUAAUAGUACUACCCGACAGCAGAUAGUCUUUGAUUCAACAGAGAUACUUAAAUCUUAGCUCAUUUCCCAUCUUCUGUGCUGUGUUUUUGAGAUCCUCCCAAUUAUAUCAAAACAGCCAUUGCUGCCUAAACACUAAAUACUACAAGUGACCAUGAAAUAAAAUCUCAUUGCUUUGUUAGCCUAACUCCCACACAAAGAUCAAUGUGUGAUGUAAAUAGUGKUUUUUUUUUCCGUGGGAAUCCAGCAGCGUAGAUGAAAAGAAAAACCAAAUGAAUCCUGCAGCUGGGGAAAGUAGGAAAUCAGUGUCAUCUUAGACAGUAAGAGGAAGGAGAUGUCAUUCCAAAUAGCCAGACUUUAAUGCUGACAGUCUCUGAAAAUUUCUGUUGAAAUUCAACCUGAUACAAUCUUCAACUUGUAAUUUUUUUGCUUGGAAUUGGGACUUUCAGGUAACACAGCCUACUUUUUAUUUGAAAUGUAGAGAAACACCUAACUAUGUUGAUAUUAGCAUAAAUUUGGGGGAGCAAAACUGAUUACGUGUACUUAAAAUAAAUGGCUCUGCUUUCUGCUUAAUCCUUUCCGUUAGAGCUGCCUGCUGUAAUUCUGGUGCUGCAUUUCUGACUCCGAAGUCCAGUACGUGUUUGUGGUGUGAAAACAAGAAGAUUUUGGUUUGGAUUUGACACUUUAUUUCAGUUUUCACUGGUUAUUUUAUAUUGAAUAUCUUGUUACAGAUGCCCAGGGCAGAACUGAAAAGAUUCCAGAUCGGGUCUGUUAGUGCAGGUGGUACAAGGUUUUGUCUGAGUAUUAGAUGAGAAUAUUAGAUGAAUAUUAGAGAGAGAUGAGAUGGGCUCAAAGAGUUCAAAUAGMUGGAAUUUUAAGUAAUUAAGUAAUGAAUUUACUCAAAAGUUAUUCCUUUUCAGACCUUAUAUGCCUAAAUGUGAGCCAAAUAAAUUUCAAAAAUAGUAGGUCUUGGCUUUUGCAAGAAACACUGCAUUUUUAGUCCCAGACACAAAUAUUUUAAUCCUGAUCAGCUAAUUAAUAAGAAACAUUUGAACUCCAUU